CUGAUUUUUCACUUGUCUCGUUCGAUGUAGUGUCCUUAUUUACUCAUAUUCCAUUACAGUUAGUUGUUGAUAUUAUAGAGGAACAUUUUGACUUGGUUGAGCCCAACUGUACAUUACCUAAGAAGGAGUUUUUGGAUACGGUAACUUUUCUAUAUAAUAAUACUUUUUUCUCAUUUCAUGGAAAAUUCUACCAACAAGUGAAGGGCCUUCCUAUGGGGGGUGCGGCCUCCCCUGUGAUCGCUGAGAUUGUUAUGAACAAAUUACUUUAUUAUGUGAUAGACAGAGUUAGUUUUGAAUUCCCCUUCAUAUAUCAAUAUGUGGAUGAUUUAUUAACAGCAGUUCCACUUAACCUCAUCGAAUCCACACUUGAAAUUUUCAAUUCCUUUCAUUCCGAUCUCACUUUCACGGUGGAGACGGAGACAGAUCGUUCAGUCCCUUUCCUUGACACAAAGGUCAUUCGCACUAGUGAAAAUUUAGUUAUUCUUGAUUGGCAUAGAAAAGUUACUAGUUCCGGUAGAUACAUUCCCUUCACAUCGUAUCACCCUAAAAAACAAAAGAUCAAUAUGAUUGUAGCAUUGACUGAUCGCAUUAAAAAGUUGAAAAAACGGCUAACACUUCAUAAAAGUGAUUGUAAGUUAAAACCAAAUAUUACUAGUUUAAGUGCUCAUGUCAAUGAUACCGGACAUAGUGUCAUGUACGAUGAAGCGGUAGUAUUAAAGAGUGAAAAGAACCUCUUCAAACGUAAGUUUUUAGAGAUGUGUUAUAUUAACUGUUGUAGUAAUAGCCUCAACAGAAAGAAGGAUGUUGAGGGUCUUAGUAGCAUCUACACCUAUCUUCUUAAUCAGAGUCGUACUGCGAAGCAUAAGCUACCAGAGUUUUUUGAUACGGUCAGGUUGUAGUGGGUUGCUAAAUUUGUUGCUAUUAAUGUUUAAAAACAGUUUCCUUUCUUUGUUUCUUUCUCCCCGUUCCUAAAGGAUUGUUUCUAAUUACCCUUAACGUUAACUUCAAUAAUGUAAACAUAGUUAUAUAAAUAGUGUACAAUGGGUGUAUAUUUGAAAGAAUUCUGUUUGAAAUUCCCUCCCUUGUUCGGUGUUUUACAUAUGUUAUGGUUGGCUGUACAGUUGGUAUCAUUGACUGGUUUUUUGGUUGUGGCUUUUUUAGGUUAUUGCGAAUUGUUAAUAAGUUCCCGCACAUUUAGUUUUCCUUCUCGACAAUACGGAGUGUCAUUUGUAACAAAUCGGCUGUUUUUUUUUUUCAUCUUUUAAUAUUUUAUCAAUCCGG